AUGGACGUUGCGGUAUCUGCACUGCAGGAGCGGCAAAAUGCUUCAUCUCAAUUCAAGUCCAGUCUCGAGGCAAGACGCUUCAUCACAAUUCAAGUCCAGCUCAAGCCAGACCUGCCCCACGAGGGAGAAGAGCUCAACAACGUCGGCUCGCUGCAGUCCGCGGCCGUCACUCGCCUGGCCGAGUACUGCUCCCUGUCCGCUCCCAUUGUGGGGUCCUCCAAUUCCUCGAAGAUGGACGCCGCAUACGAGCGGCCGGCGUCCACUUCGUCAUACUUUGCCCGCCCCGCGCCGCCCAGUCGCCUGCUGCUCCGUGUAUACUCGGCCGAAUGCUUGCGGCACGUGUCCAGCCAUGGUACCUACUGCAAGAUCUAUGUCGGUAGUACCGAGAUGGUGCGCGGUAGUGGCGCCUUUGCGCGUCGCUCGCAGAAACUGAAGCCGUCUGCGUCCACGCACAGUCUCGGUGGGCUUCUGCACAGCAGUCGCGGCAACACGGCGCAGCCCCCGACCACGCCGCUUCCCCCUACAUCAUCGUCAGAAGGAGAUCUCAGCGGCUCGAACCGCAAGAUGCGUGUGCUUAAGACGCAGGUGCAGAAGGGCAAGCGACCCGAUCCUGUCUGGAACGAAAAGUUCGAAAUCCCCGUGUUAGACGCGAACGAAGACGUGCUGAGCAUCCGCGUCAAGUCGGCGAGACUCAUGUCGUCCCCCGCUAUUGGCGCUUGCUCGAUUUCGCUCAAAUACUUGACGAUGCAAGGAUCUUCGACGACAGACCGCUGGGUCGAUCUGAAGCGGGGGAAGAAGGACGCAGGACGGAUCCGAUUGCAGUUGAGACUUGUCGAUCCCUCUAGACAGAGGAACCAGCAGAACAGUGACACUCACCUGAGCCUCCCAGCAGAGGAAACUCCGGAGCAGGUCGCUGCACGGAACAAAACGCUGCGUCGGGACCACAAGUACCACAGGUCGGCAAGACAUUUCGACGGACGUCCAGUGACGUCUUCCGUCUUGGGUAGCAGCAGCGGCAGCAACAAGUCGUCGAGCGAUAAGGACGACGAUCAGAAGAAGCGCGUACCCACAACCCCCACGACGUUACGGGACAACAGCGCUAGUGCUACGUCGAACGAGUCGAUCGACGAAUCGGAACCUGCCAGUGAAGUGUCCGUCUCUCCGAUUCCCUCUCCAGUGCCCAAGCGGGCGUCGAAAGAAGACCACCCAGAAGCAGAGUCCCGGGAGUCGUUCGACAGCUUUGCAUCGACGCCAGAGUCGCCUCCAGGGACGAAGGAUUUGGACGCGUCGUACGCACAUCGUGGCACCAUGAGGAGAUCAGAACUUGAACGCUCGAAGAUGAAGACGACGGAGAUCUCGCGGACGUCGAGGAUAUCCAGGUCAACCAGAUCGUCUAGAAUGUCAAAUUCUGGGGUUUCUCAGGAAGACGACGACUUUGAUGAUGAUGACCUGGACGAGUAUGACGACAACAGUACGGCGACUAAACGCUGGACGGGGAAUCAUACGAAACUAAGCGUGCUCUCCAGUCUGGACCCUCGGGAAAGCUCUCGAAUGGACUUUGACGAUGAUGUCGAGUACGAACGAGAUACUGUGGACAAAAGGAAAACGUCAUUGAAUAACGGAUCUUCUUCCAUCGCCUUGUCGAGCACUGCAACCAGUACACUGGACCCUCGAGGCAGCUCUCGGUUCAGCUUUAGCGACAGUGAUAGCGAGGACGAGAUAGAUGACGAGGUGAAGUCAGAGAAGGCACGCGAGCAGCAGAGGCAGCAGUGGCAGAUGGAGCAACGAAAGAUGCAGCUGGCUCGCAUUAAGGAGGUGUCUCAGUCCAUGUCGGAUGACGAGGACAGUGACGAGGACUCGGAGGACGACGACGGGUACGACGAGGAGCUGGGACGAGAGCGGGGGUCAACGCGGAUCCAGUUCACUCCGGCGCUUGCGAACCUCUUGGGCCGUGAGAGCAUGAACGUGCUGUUUGAAGACGAAGAUGAAGAAGAAGAUGAGGACGAGAACCCCACGCCUCACAAGAUGAGCGAAGAGUUUGUACCUAUUCUCGAAGCGUCCUCUCCGAUGUCUGUCGAUUCCGUGGACUGUGCGCUGCGCCGGUCAAGUUUCGAUUGA